AUGAGGCUAAGGGUUGAAUGCAGUGGAUUUGGUGAUGGUAAAGGUCAUUACAUCUCUUGCUAUAUUUACCUCGUCCCGGGAGAAUACGACGAUACAUUGGAGUGGCCAUUUUACGGAGAUGUAACCCUAGAGCUUCUGAAUCAACUGGAGGAUAGGAAUCAUAGGAAGGGAGUUAUUCGUUAUAAUGAAUCAACACCAGGUCCUGGUAAGGAGAGAGUGAUAAGAGGAGAAGUUAGCAAGCACGGAUGGGGCUACUCCAAGUUCAUACCACAUGCAGCACUGAGGCAUAAUCCUCCACAAGUCUGCCAGUAUCUUAAAGAUGAUAGUCUGUACUUCAGAGUCAGUGCAAAGGUUACAUCAAAGACAAAACCAUGGCUAGCAUUAACAUAA